UGAUUACACCACACCACACCUUUGUGAGGAAACUUGUGGGGCUUCAUACAAGUCGCAACCCAAGGCAGAGAAGCAGAGAGAGAAAGAGGCAGAGAGAGGGGUGAGAGACAAGAGAAGAGGGGACACAAACGCAAACGGGAAAAAAAGGCGGGGAUUAUUAUUUCAAGUUUGUAGGCUUUGUGUCUCCUCUUGAGGACAGAGGCCAGAGGGCAGCCUAGAACAAGAGAAGAGUGGUGGGAUCAAUGGAUUUUGAGAACAACAGCUGGAUUUGGGAAGGGGUUUACCACUACCCACAUCUCUUUGGAGGUAUAAUGCUCACGGCCGCUGUGCUCGGGUUGUCGACCAGCUUUUUUGGUGGGAUUAGUGUUCCAUCAUCGUUGGCCUACUUUUGGCCUGAUUUGGGAAUUUUUCAUAAGAGAAAACAUGGAAAGAAACGGAUUAGAGUUUACAUGGAUGGAUGUUUUGAUCUCAUGCAUUAUGGCCACGCGAAUGCGUUGAGGCAGGCAAAGGCUCUAGGAGAUGAAUUGGUAGUAGGCGUUGUGAGUGAUGAGGAGAUCAUUGCCAAUAAGGGUCCUCCUGUUUUAUCCAUGGAAGAGAGGCUUGUUCUUGUAAGUGGGUUGAAGUGGGUAGAUGAAGUCAUUGCCAAUGCUCCUUAUGCAAUUACUGAGCAGUUCAUGGACACUCUCUUUAACGAGCACAAGAUUGACUAUAUUAUACAUGGGGAUGAUCCUUGCUUACUUCCAGAUGGAACUGAUGCUUAUGCCUUGGCAAAGAAAGCUGGACGCUACAAGCAGAUCAAACGCACUGAAGGUGUCUCCAGCACAGAUAUUGUAGGGAGGAUACUUUCUUAUAUAAAAGAUACAAAAACUCAUGAAGAUCAUAAUGGUAGUACAUCUUUGCAUGGAGAACGUGAUAACACAAAUGAAGCUGAAGGUGAAAAAUGUCAAUCCAAAGGUCUCCACUUAUCUCAUUUUCUACCCACAUCUCGCCGGAUUGUGCAAUUUUCAAAUGGCAAGGGACCUGGACCGAACGCUCGUGUUGUAUACAUUGAUGGAGCAUUUGAUCUCUUUCAUGCGGGACAUGUUGAGAUACUCAAGAAUGCUAGGCAGCUUGGAGACUUUCUCCUCGUUGGUAUCCACACUGACCAGACUGUUAGUGAACACAGAGGGGCCCACUAUCCAAUUAUGCAUCUACAUGAGCGCAGUCUUAGUGUACUGGCCUGCCGUUAUGUCGAUGAAGUGAUCAUUGGUGCACCUUGGGACGUUACAAAGGAUAUGAUAACGACUUUCAACAUAUCUUUGGUUGUGCAUGGGACAGUUGCUGAGAGCAACUCUUUCUUAAAUGGAGCACGUGAUCCUUAUGAAGUUCCUAAGAGCAUGGGCAUUUUCCACAUGCUAGAAAGCCCCAAAGACAUAACAACCACCUCAGUGGCCCAGAGGAUAAUAGCUAAUCAUGAGGCUUACAUGAAACGCAAUGUAAAGAAGGCAGAGAGUGAGAAGAAAUACUAUGCAGAGAAGAAAUACGUUUCUGGAGAGUGAAGGCUCAAACUUGAUACCCUAUAAAUUACCUCUCUACUUUUGCUAUUGAAGGAUGGAACGAGAAGGUAGCCGUAGAAAGAAAGAGAACAGAGGCUUUAGAUGAUGCUCAUUUUCGUCCUACUUCUUGUUGUAUCUUCUCCCUCAGAAUAGAGAUACCGAUACAAUAAUUUAUGCUAACCUUGACAUGCUAUCCCUGCGUGUUUUUGAACAAACCAUACUUUUUCUCUCCCUCCCUCCCUGUCUCUGCUCAUUUUUUGAAGGCAUUUGUUAUUCUGAUGA